AUGGCAGCAAGCAUGGUGUCUUCAGCAUUACUAAGGCCGAAAAAGCCCAACAUCGUAUUCAUCAUGACAGAUGAUCAGGACCGCCGGCUUGGCUCAACUGAUUUUCAAAGCAUUCUACAUCGUGAGCUGAUCUCAAAAGGAACUGAGUUCACCAAUCACUGGACCACCGCAGCGCAAUGCUGUCCCAGCCGUGCAGGUAUGUUGCGAGGUCAGCAGAGCCACAAUACCAACAUCACACAUGUUAGCGAUGCAGGAGGGAGUUACGAUAAAUGGACUCUAGCCGGCGAAGACAACGACUACUUGCCGCAUUGGCUGAAGAAGGCAGGCUAUAGAGUUGAAUAUAUAGGAAAACUUCUCAACGGAUACAACACAGUUAACUAUAACAGUCCGGCACCGAAAGGCUGGGACUUCAUCAAUAGUCUAACGGACCCUUACACAAUGGACUUCAACAACAUUGUGAUGUCCGAGAACGGCGAGCGACCACGACAUUACCCCGGCUUCCACCAAACAGACAUUGUUCAAGCACAUCUAGACAGGCUCGAGUAUCUUACAUCUCAGGAAAAGCCGUUCUUCUUGAAGAUAGCCCCCACCGUUCCACAUGAAAACUACAACUUCUACGCUCCAGUCCCACUUCUCCGACACAAGGGCCUCUUUCCCAACGUCACUUCUCCAAAGCCCCCCAACUGGAACCCCCCAGAUGAACUUCAAAUGCAAAAGUCCAAUUGGAUGAAGAAUUUACGCCAGUUGAACGAGACAGAAAUAGCGCAAGGUGAUUGGCUAUUCCGUCAGAGAAUCGAAUCGCUUCAGGGAGUAGACGAGAUCAUUGAAGCUGUUGUGCAGUUGCUGGAGGACAAGCAAAUCAGUGGAAAUACCUACAACAACGGUUGGACAAUCGGAGCCAACCGUGUCGCAGCCGGUAAAGCGACUCCGUACGCAGACGACACAAACCUCCCAUUUGUUGUCCGAGGCCCUGGAGUGCCCAGCGGCGUCAAAUCUUCUCUCCCCGGAUCGCAUGUUGAUCUCGCUCCAACAUUCCUAGAAAUUGCUGGAGUCAACCCCGAAGACUUUCCUCCAUUUCUCGAUGGACGCAGUCUCUUUGGCCAAUGGCUUCAGCCUGACUCAGGCUACAAAAGCCAGAACCAAGGGGUGGGCAGGGAAUUGCUGAACGUGGAGUUCUGGGGCUCCAGAAUCAUUGAGGCACCCGCUGCGUCUGAAGUUGGGACGAUUCUAGACAACAGCUACAAGACUCUGCGGUUGGAUGACCCUUACGAACUCGUCAAUCUGAUAAACUCCACUGACACCUCACACCAGCGACUGCUCACCCGCCUCAAUGCAAUCCUCCUGGUCACCAAGUCCUGCACCCAGGGAACCUGUCGCGACCCCUGGACCGUCCUGCAACCGCCCAAUUCUUCCCAAAUCACGACGCUCACCGAAGCCCUAUCUUCUGAUCACGACGCUUUCUUCGCUUCUAUACCGCAAGUUCAUUUUAAUGAGUGCAUGCAGUACCAGUAUAUCCCCAACGAAGGCCCUUUCUACUCUGUGGAUGCGGAGGAAGGAUUGAGCAAAUUCCGGCAAUCGACAGAUAACUUUGUGGAGACCAGCGCAGUCAAGGUCAUCAAGCCGGAUCUCACGAAAUUUUACGGCGGACCUGAGCAGAGGAAUGUGAAGUGGGCCGAGAUACUUGCGGCCUCGAGGCCGCUGACGGACAAGGAACUUGGAUCAAGCAUAGAUUCGAGAAGUUUUGAGGAGCGUGAUAUCCUAGAGUGGUACAACUGA